CGGCGGCGGUCGGUGCUGCGGCAGCGGCGGCGGCGGCGGCGGCGGCGGCUCGGCGGGACCGAGGGCGGGAGCGGCCGAGACCAUGGCUGGAGGCAAAGCUGGAAAGGACAGUGGGAAGGCCAAGGCUAAGGCAGUGUCUCGCUCACAGAGAGCUGGGUUACAGUUUCCCGUGGGCCGCAUCCACAGACAUUUGAAGACUCGCACCACAAGUCACGGAAGGGUCGGUGCCACUGCUGCAGUGUACAGUGCUGCAAUUCUGGAGUACCUCACUGCUGAGGUGCUGGAGCUGGCAGGUAAUGCUUCCAAGGAUCUCAAAGUUAAGCGGAUCACUCCGCGCCACUUGCAACUUGCAAUCCGUGGUGAUGAAGAGUUGGAUUCUCUUAUCAAGGCUACCAUAGCUGGGGGUGGUGUGAUCCCUCACAUCCACAAGUCUCUGAUUGGAAAGAAGGGACAGCAGAAAACUGCUUAGAGGGUUGUUUUAACCAACCCUCUUCCUCCCCGUCAUUGUACUGUAACUGGGACAGAAGAAAUAAUGGGGAUAUGUGGAAUUUUUAAAACAGUUAAGUGGAAAAGCAUAGACAAUUACUGUAGACAUGAAAAAGAAACAUUUGUAUGUUCUUAAGACUCGAAGUUUGAUAAAAAUACCUUUUCAUGUGGCAA